UUUUUUAAUUUUUAGUACAUUUUUAUGAAUGCUUCCCUUCUAAAUCCUCGACACAUUUGAUGACAAUCUGUUGCUGUUGGGAGCAGAUGGCCCCCUCCCAGAAGAAUAAAAGCGUUUGGAAGUUGGAACUGUUCUCUUUUCCACCCCCCACUGUCAGCGGCUGCGCACGCACACCCACGGCGGCGGCUAAGACGAGGACGUGCUGCCACACUGUCGGCAUCAUCCCAGAUGUUGACAAGGCGACGCUGACGGGACUUGUCUGAGACGCCAGCUCACCAGCGGAGGAUGUGGAUGGGGCCGAUGCGAGCCAUUCUUGUAUCCAUAUUGGGUUUCGAUUUCCGAUACUACACAUAAGAAAUUGCCAAUACCACCGGCUGCGACUUCCAAUCCAUGAGCUGUGUCUGUUUGCUGCUGUGAGCAAAAAGGUGUGUUUUUACUCUGAGCGCCACAUCCUCGGGAAACAGCACAACGUCAUGGCGAUCACAGUUUACAACAUCUCGUCCACCUCCGCCCGAGUGAGCUGGCCUCCAUCCCCCGCCUGCCUGGACACCUUCUACAGCGUCAUGUACGACCCCAACUGGAACAGCCUCCUGAUGGGCUUCAAGCGCAAGAGCUUCAUGCACGAGGAGCGCAUCCCCGUCAGCCAGACCACCGCCCACUUGGCCAACCUCCUGCCACAGACCACCUACUUCCUGUGUGUCACGUGUCAGGCCGCCAAUCCGGUCCGGGACCAGUGUCAGGUUUUUGUCACUCUAAGCGACAGCAGUGAGGCGCAAGACCGAGCCGGCUGGGAGAUGGCAAAAGGGGUGUGGCUGACCUGCUGCGUUUUGCUCCUGGUCAUUGCCGCUAUCCUGCUGUGGGGGUGUUUGCACACCACCUGCGCCGUCCCCGGCCAGGGCUCUGACAGCCGUCCGGCGGUGACCAACGUGGUCGGCGGAGAUCACCUUGCAUCCGGGCGCCUCUACACGCCUCGAGGCAGCUGCGAUAACGGCGCCAAAAGGGGUGCGGUCAUGCAUACGCCGCUCCUCUCGGCGCACGCCGCCAAACGAGAUCAUGAGCUGAGGACGCUGGCUAAGCUGUCUGGAAGCGAGCCAGCAUGAAACAAUUGGAUUGAGGUCAUGGUGGUAUUGCUGUUAUGCAUUAGCGGGAUCCUAUUUGUCCAGACGAAAUAAAACGCUUCCAUUUCA